AAAAUUGUGAGGAUUAAACUUUAUUUGCUAUAGCAAUUAUAAAAGAAAAUAUUGAGUGAAAGAAAUUUGUUGGUGCAAACUAAAUAAAUAUUUAAAGCGCUGUGCAAAAGCCGAAACCAGUUGGUUGGAAAAAGAUAAAAAAGUGAGUGUCAAUGUGGAUUAACAAUCAGUAAAAGAAAGAAUGUCGAAACGACGUUGAAAAAAUAGAUAUUUACUCAAUACUCGUGCUAUAAAUAAAAAAUAAAUUGUCACUCAACACUCAAUAAGUUCAACCUCAAAAUAAAUCAAACCAUUUGAGCUCAAUUUAAUUCAAUUCCCAUCUUCGCCACUAAACGUAGGGCGGAAAGUGAUAAACAAAAAUUUUAAAAAAGGAAAUAACGGAACUUUAAGCAAACAGUAAUAAUAGUUGUCAAUCAGUGAAUAUAAACACCAUAACGAUUCCAGCGCUGAUUUCAAGUCCAACUUCAGCUUAGAUCUGCUAAGAUAGCACCAGCAAAGCGCACAGCAAAUUAAAAAGCGGCAGCAUCAUGACUAUGGCAGGACAGACCAUCAACGAUCGGCUCUUGGCAGCGCGGCAUAGCUUGGCCGGUCAAGGCCUGGCUAAGUCAGUGUGCAAGGCCACCACAGAGGAGUGCAUCGGGCCCAAGAAGAAACAUUUGGAUUAUUUGGUACAUUGCACGAACGAACCGAAUGUCUCCAUACCGCAUUUGGCCAAUUUACUUAUUGAACGCUCACAGAAUACCAAUUGGGUGGUUGUAUAUAAAGCGCUGAUAACCACUCAUCAUUUGAUGGCAUAUGGCAAUGAGCGAUUCAUGCAGUAUUUAGCGUCCAGCAACUCAACGUUUAAUCUCAGCAAUUUUCUGGACAAAGGAGGGGUGCAAGAUGGCUUGUCGGCACCGGGUGGCAGAAUGGGCUAUGACAUGUCUCCGUUUAUACGACGCUAUGCCAAAUACUUGAACGAGAAGUCACUCUCAUAUCGUGCAAUGGCUUUUGAUUUUUGCAAAGUAAAGCGCGGCAAAGAUGAGGGUUCUCUGCGGACCAUGAACGCCGAUAAACUGCUUAAGACAUUGCCAGUACUGCAGGCGCAGUUGGAUGCUUUAUUGGAGUUCGAUUGUCAGGCCAAUGACUUGAGUAACGGUGUCAUCAACAUGAGCUUUAUGCUGCUCUUCCGCGACUUGAUACGUUUGUUUGCGUGCUACAAUGAUGGCAUCAUUAAUUUGCUCGAGAAAUAUUUCGAUAUGAAUAAGAAGCAUGCACGCGAUGCUUUGGAUUUGUACAAAAAGUUUUUGGUGCGCAUGGAUCGUGUUGGUGAAUUUCUCAAAGUCGCUGAGAAUGUUGGCAUUGAUAAAGGUGAUAUACCUGAUUUAACUAAAGCUCCUAGUUCUCUUUUGGAUGCUUUGGAACAACAUUUGGCUACUUUGGAGGGUCGCAAAGUAUCCGCCGCUAAUACACCAACACAAUCGGCAAGCAAUCAGAAGAAUGUUAAAUCCGCUGUCACUGCCUUAUCUUCCACCAGCUCAUCCUUUGGCACAGCCGCCGCAUCAAGCAAAUUCGACACGACCAAUGGCAUCGAUGAGCAAUUGAAAGCCCAGGUAUUGGCCGAAGAGGAGGCUGCAAUGAAUCAAUACAAACAGUCGAAGGUCUCUUCACCUACUGCAGGCGGUGCUGGUGCUGCACUAACAAAUCCAUUCUUAUCGUCGCCGCCAGCCAGUGGCGCUGGCGCACCGAUAGUCGAUCUGUUUGGUGCAGCUCCGGCAACGGCUGCCGGCUCGACUGGUGACACCGGUGCAGGCGGCACAAAAGCCUCCGAUGAUUUGCUACAAUUGGGAAAUCCAUUUGCUGAUAUGUUCGAUGCACCAGUCGGUGGUGCAGGCGCUGGUGGCGGUGUGACAGCAGCAACAGGUGGUGCACAGAAUGCCAAUAAUAUUUGGAUGCAUAAUAAUGGUUUCAAUGGCGCGCCUUCGGCGGCUGCUAACGCCUUCGUCUCGGACAGCAAUUUUUCAUCCGUUUUCGGUAACACUGAACCAGCCGCGGCUGCUGCAUCCUCCUCUGCCGCGGCGGCCUUGCCAAACCCAUUCUUCGACACCAUGGAAGCGCCGUUCUUUGGCGCACAGCAACAACAGCACCAGCAAGCGGAUUUUUCAACUCACAGCACCGCCGCUGCCGCUGCCGCUGCUUAUAUGCCACAGGGGGCACAAGCUGCGCAAACGCUCUUUAUGAACACCGCAACUAUGGUGGCGCCGGCGCCACAACAAUUCCCACCAGGCUUUGAUGCUCUGGGUGAUGUACUAAAACCUGGCAUCACUGCCACGCAUCCAGCCGCUUCCAAUCAAACAACUAUUGUCACUGCAGGUGCUCUGGGUAUGGCUGGUAGUCAGCAGCAGCAACUACUCACCCAACAACAACAGCAACAACAACUGUUUCAACAACAACAACAACAAACACAGCCAACUAAUACUGGCAAAAUACUCACUGGCGAUUUGGAUAGCUCGCUUAUGUCACUUGUAGAUAAUCUGAAUAUAAACAAAUCGAGCAGUGCAAAACCCGUGCAAUGGAACUCACCGAAAAAUACAGCGAAACCCGGUGCUAAUUGGACACCUCAACCAAUGGCUGCUACAACUGGUGCUGGCUAUCGUCCAAUGGCACAUGGCAUGACAGUAAGUCCUGCGCCUAUCACAAUCCAAAACCAUCAGUAUAUACACGCUAGUUAUCCUGUUAUACCAAAUUAUAUGCAGCAGGGAAUGCCGGUGAUGGGCCAACCUAUGAUGGGCCAAGCCCCUUUGACUGGCGUACAGCCGACGAUGGCGCCAAUGAUGGCAGCGGCGCCGCAAGCGCUGCACAGUAGUGCGAUAACAAUGCAACCGCAAUCGAUCCACCACCAACCGCAACAACACAAUGGCAGUAAUAAGGGAGCGCCACCGGAUCCAUUUGGCGUAUUAUAAGUUGGCUAAACCGAUCGGCCGGACAUGAGCAACACUAACAACACAACUACGAAUAAGCGCAGCAGAGCUGCUGCAUAGACGUGUGUGGCGCCAUCCAACAACACUAACAACACUUCGUAUAAUCAAACCACAUCUAAACCGAUGGCAGGGGGGUAUGCAAAAGAAAAAAAAAAAAAAACAAAACAAA